UGACGUGGACACCCUCCCGCUGCGUCCUUCCUCCUCUUUCCUCUCCUCCCGUCGAGAUUGCAAAAGGAAAAGAAAAGAAAAAAUAAUCCUCCAUCACCCACCGCAUCUCCGCUCCUCGACCGCGAGAGAGGAGAGGAGAGAGAGAGAGAGAGAGAGAGAGAGAGAGAGGCGUUGCGAGAUUCAUCAGGCAGGCGCAGGAGAGGAGAGGAGAGGAGAGGAGAUUCAUUAUGGGGGUGGACUACUACAAGCUGCUGCAGGUGGAGCGGGGCGCCACCGAGGAGGAGCUGAAGAAGGCGUACCGGAAGCUGGCCAUGAAGUGGCACCCGGACAAGAACCCCAACAGCAAGAAGGAGGCCGAGGCCAAGUUCAAGCAGAUCUCCGAGGCCUACGAGGUGCUAAGUGAUUCCCAGAAACGAGCAGUCUAUGACCAGUACGGAGAAGAGGGGCUCAAAGGGCAGGUGCCACCUCCUGGAGCAGGUGGGCCUGGUGGGUCUUCAUACUAUGGGGGUGAUGGGUCGACGUUCCGGUUCAACCCUCGAAGCGCGGAUGAUAUAUUUGCUGAGUUCUUCGGAUUUUCCAGCCCAUUCUCAAGCAUGGGUGGCAUGGGUGGUAUGGGUGGAGGUGUUGACAGGGGCAUGCGGGGAUCAAAGUUUGGGAUGUAUGACAAUGAUAUAUUUGGGUCCUUCUCUCAGUUCCCUGGUGAGGCAUCAAUGCAUGCUCCCCAACGGCCCCAGAAGGCUGCACCAAUUGAGAACCGACUGCCUUGCAAUCUAGCUGACUUGUACAAAGGCACCACCAAGAAGAUGAAAAUUUCACGGGAAAUAUUAGAUUCUAGCGGGAGAACCAUGGUUGUUGAGGAGAUCCUAACAAUCGACAUAAAACCUGGAUGGAAGAAAGGGACAAAAAUUACUUUUCCUGAAAAGGGUAACGAGUCUCCGCAUGUGAUUCCUGCGGAUAUUGUAUUCGUGAUUGAUGAGAAACCACAUGAUCUGUUUACACGAGAGGGGAAUGAUCUCGUCAUGACACAGAAGAUUUCCUUGGCUGAGGCCUUGACAGGAUGUACAGUUCAGGUAACAGCACUAGAUGGUCGGAACCUAACAGUACCAAUCAAUAAUGUCGUCUACCCUGGCUACGAGGAGGUUGUUCUCCGAGAGGGCAUGCCAAUUCCGAAGGAUCCAUCAAAGAAGGGAAAUCUUAGGAUCAAGUUCAACAUCAAAUUCCCCUCAAGGCUGACGUCUGAGCAGAAAUCAGAAAUUAAGAGGCUACUAGCUUCUUGAGGAACACAAUAUACCGUUAGGUUGUCUGGUUUUUUGGGUGCACUGGGGAGACCAAUCAGAUGUUAAGCUGGGAAAUGUGAAUACCAUCCAAAGACUCAUUUUUUGUGGGUUCUGGUUAUUCCACCUUUGUAACUUAAAAUUGUCAAUUUUGGCAGAAUAAUUCAUCAAAAUAGAUAAUUCUGUGUCAA